UGUUCUUUGACCUCACCUCAGGAGCGUAGCGAAGUAGCAGCAGCCAAAAUGGCGGUUAAACCACUGUAUGCUUCAACAAGCAAAAUAGUCUGCGAAAUGACCGUUGGGCCAGAACACAUCAACGCCAAGGGUACGUUGCAUGGAGGACAAACAGCUGCACUUACUGAUAUUGUCACUGCUCGAUUACUUGGUCUUACUAUCAGAGAUCAUCCACUGGCAUCGAUUGAAAUCUCAGUCAGCUACUUCCUUCCGGUCAAGCUCGGUGACGUUGUUGAAAUAACCGCUUAUGUACUUAAACUCGGCCGAAAUGUAGCCUUCACAGAAGCAGAAUUUCGGCGAAAAUCCGAUGGAAAGCUAGCGGCAAAGGGUCGUCAUACUGUCGCGAUUCUUCCAAAACAGGCGCAAGCUAUCGAAGGGGCCAAAGUGGCGCAGUUUUAG